AUGUCAAAUCAUAAUCGUGCUAACGGUCAAUAUGAUGUAAAUGAUCAAAGCUCAAAUCAAAACCAUAGUUCACAACCACUUAAUGUAACAUUACCUUUUAAUGAAGUUUUACAAUUGAAAAAAUCCAAAAGUUUAUUAAAUGAUUUAUCAAAUACACAUAUUUUAAUUGAUGAUAAUAAUAAUAAAAUUAAUAAAAUUAAAAAAAAAUUAAAUAAUUAUAAUAAAAAAUUAAAUAUUCUUCAAGAAAGAAAUGAAAGAUUAUUAAGUCGUCAAUUUCAAAUUAUUCAACAAGUUACUAAUAAUGAAAAUAAUAAUGAUCAUAAUUGA